GUGGCUGGGAUUAGGAAAUUUCACUGUGGAUUAAAAUCUUUCCAACGCCUCCAUGGCCACUUGCUGAAAGAAAGGAGUCUGAAGUUCCAGCAGAGAUCCAGUGAGCACUCUGGGCCCAUGGUCUCACUAAGCAGCUCCAGGAUGUUCCAGGUGCUCCAGGGUCACAUCCAGCCAGCUGGGCACCGAAACCGCAAAACCCGCCUGGUCACCAAAGACGGGCGUUGCAACAUCGAAUUCGGCAAUAUAGAGUCCAGUAACCACUAUGCGUACCUGAUGGACUUCUGGACCACCUUUGUGGAGAUCCGCUGGCGGUUUGUUUUCCUGUUGUUUGUGGCUUCGUUCACAGGCAGCUGGUUCAUCUUCAGCCUGCUGUGGUACUGGAUCGCAAAGAGCAACGGGGAUCUGACCGGUCAGAACCGCACAGCUGGACACAUCCAGUGUAUAGACAAUGUUAACGGCCUCACGACGGCGUUCCUCUACUCCUUGGAGACCCAGACCACUAUCGGGUACGGUGGGAGGGCGUUGACCGGGCACUGUGCUGGCGCUAUAGCUCUAAUUAUCGUCCAGUCUCUCAUUGGCACCUUCAUCAACUGCUUCAUGUGUGGGGUCAUCUUGGCCAAGAUCUCGUUACCCAAAAGAAGGGCAAAGACUGUCACCUUUAGCGACAUGGCGGUCAUCUGCUUGAAGAAAGGCAGUCUGUGUCUGCUCAUCAGAGUGGCCAACCUUCGAAAGACGUUAUUAAUUGGCAGCCAGAUCUACGGCAAGCUGCUCCGGACAACAACCACACCAGAUGGAGACACCAUCAUUCUGGACCAGAUACACAUUGACUUCCUAGUUGACGCUGGCAAGGAUAACUUAUUUUUUGUUUGCCCCCUGACCCUUUACCACGUGAUUAAUAGAUCGAGCCCAUUCUACGAGCUGUCAGCUGACACUCUUUCACUACAGGACUUUGAGUUGGUGGUCUUUUUGGACGGGACAGCCGAGUCCACCAGCUCCUGCUGUCAGGUCCGAACCUCGUAUGUCCCACAGGAGAUUCACUGGGGAUACAGCUUCCUGCCCAUCAUCUCCCGCACCAAGAUGGGAAAGUAUCGCGUGGAUUUCUCAAACUUUUCCAAGAGGGUCCGUGUCACAACGCCACACUGCGCCCACUGCUUCGAGACAGACGUGGACGAGAGAAACCAUAACUGUCAAGAAAAUCACAUUAACCAGCAGAAACUGGGGAUCGAUAACUUGGGGUUUCAGGUGAUUGACAUUAAUGACUCUAUGGACAUCACUAGAAUGUGA